AUGAGCCCUGUCCAGGCUGAAGAUAUCUGGCUGUUUGGUUAUGGGAGUUUGAUUUGGAAACCUCCGCCACAUUUUGACGAAAGGAUCCCUGGCUAUAUCAAAGGCGAGGAUCAUCGUGGCACCCCUGAGGCCCCUGGUAGAGUGGUCACGUUGAUUCAAAGGUCCUUUUGGGAAACGCUUGAUGACCCUCAACGUGAGACCGAGGGAGAUUAUGUCUGGGGGGUCGCCUAUCAUAUCAUACCAUCGAAAGUGAGGGAAGUCAAAGAAUACCUAGACAUCCGCGAAAUCAAUGGAUACAGCAUCCAACACACACCAUUCCACCCUGCCGACUCUUCACUCCCCGACCUUGAUUGUCUGGUUUAUAUUGGGAUGCCGGACAACCCACAGUUUCUGGGAGCUCUACCACCCCAAAUGAUCGCGGAAACAAUCAAUGCAAGUAUUGGUCCAAGCGGAGAGAACCGAGAUUAUCUUCUCCAUCUUGAACAGGCUCUAAACGAGUUGAGUCCAGACAGUCGAGAUGAGCAUAUCACUGAUCUAGCCCGUCGAGUACGGGCAUUGACUCCGCCGACCCGGGUUUCGCGAUCCAUAGCGGCGCCUGACAAUGCUUUGAGGAAGGUCAACAGUACCGAAGAGCAGGAGGAGAUCGAGAAAGAUAUAUGA